AUGUGUUUGUUCUGUCUGGGGGGAUACGGCAAAUGCGCCGGCCUCAUGAUAUUUCUGGCCCUUGCAAUUGCUUGUGGGCGACUGCUCAUGAAUUUUCCUUUCGGCUCUUGUCUUCGACUACAUGAAGCAAGGGACAAGAAGGGGCAUAGCCGCCUCUUCCUCGUGAGCUCUGGCAUUCAGGUGGUGGCCCUUGUGGGGGCACUUGCUGUUAUCUGUACGGUGAAACACCCAACAGUGAAGACCCAGCAGAAACGACCUGCUAAGGUGGCAUUGGCAAUGUCUCUCGUUGCAAUUUUCCUGGAUUUCAUACUCCUCUGCGCACAAAUUGCUGCAUACAAGUUUUCCAAAUUGGCGGAGACACCUGGUCAACGCGCCGCCGUCGUCAUAGCCGGAGGUGAUUUCGACGAGCCUGCUGCUCAGUUAUGCAUUGUUGGCCGUCUAAAUGUCCAUUAUGACGUCGAAUGCGCCACUUAUGAGAGCACGUACUCCUACUACCUUGUCGUGCAAAGCUACGCUGGGAAGACCCUCUGGUGUUUGUUGCUGGGCACUGUAAAAACUCCGCUGCCGAAGGCUCUACGCGAGCAGCAAAGGCAGCGGCGCAAACUGCAGGAGAUAUAUUUUUCGCCUUCUGCGACUGCUGCAGCUCCAACUGAGCCGCAGAAACUCAAUCUCGAGACCACAGUUCUUCUCUCUUUGCAUUCGAAAGCCUUUGCAAGAGAAGCCAGUCGAGCGCUGGAUGUCGUGGGAGUUCGGCGGCUGCAGACUCUGGUGCUUGCAGCAUUCGGUUCAACUGACUUGAAUGGUGGGCUUUCAACCCCUGUCAAGCUGCAUCAGCAGCAGGCCCACAAGCACUCUGCAGCAUUCAGCCAAAGCGGCUAUCUAGACACUGAGACGUCUCAUGGCCUCGUCACUGCAAGCCACUCCCCCUCCCUGCACAGUUUGUCUCCACACAAGGAGGCAGCAUACAACGCUGAGCCUAGUUGUAGGAAGUGCUCGGACAAAGACGCCAACUUUUCGCUACCGAUGGAUCAGCGGCGCUCUUCUGGAGCUUCCAUGAGGGGCCCCUCCACAAGGGACUCCGAAAAUUGUAGCGGCCGACAGCGGAGGCCAUCCGAGUCUCUUCAUUUACACGAGAACAGGAGCAGGAAGAACAGCAGCGGCAAGCUUAAGACCGCCCGCAGCUACCACCGUGACAGGAGCAACAAAGGAGCAAGAGCACACAGCAAGCGGCAAAGCAAUGAAGCCGUGAAGGAGGAUCACGAAAGAAAAGCUGUUGCCCCUGUAGAUGAUCAUACCACAAGAGCGAACGAGCCUCCUUCUAAAGUUGCAACAAUUUCAGCAGAUGUAGAUGCAACAAUGCCGUCAAAGUCAGCGAACCCAUUUGAUGAGGAAAAAGAGGAAGCUGUAGCUCUGCCGCCUCUGCCUGCUGUUGCAGAUGAAGAAGGCAGCAGAGGCAGCAUGCACCUUGAUGGUUGUGAUCAGCAAAGCUCCUCACCAGUAGAGGCACCAGUGGCUUCCGCAGAAAAGGCGGCGGCUGUUGUUACUGGUGACUGCGAGGCGGCACUACUGCACAACCUCUCAGAGGUGCUGAAGCAGCUCCAGAUAGAGCACCCUCAGCUGCUAAAAAGUGUCCCAUAUUUCGCCACAAAGUUGCAGGAAGAGGGUGCACAGAGAGCGCUGGGUGAGCUUCUGGAGCAGAUGCCUAGCAACAAGAAAGCGCUCCUGGCGACGUGUUACAGCUGCACAGAAGCGAGAAGAGACUUCACUACCGACUGGCAGCUCACUGAACUCAUGAAACUCCUGCGAGACGCCGAAAUUCUACAGAAGCAGAGAGAUGGGCAAGGGCUGCAAGUGCAAGAUCAACAACUGCAGCACGAGCAGCAGCAGCAGGAACAAAAGGUACUGCAGGCAGAGCCGAAGUUGCAGCAAGUACAACAGGAACAGCAGCAAGAGGAGGUGCCACUGCAGGAACAGCAGCAAGAAGAGGUGCCACUGCAGGAACAGCAGCAACAAGUGCAGCAGCACGAGGAAAGGAAAGCAUUGCAAGAAGAGCCCAAGCAAAGGCUGCAUGAACAGGAGCAGCAGCAAGAGCCGAUGCAGCUAUCCGAACAAGACCAGCAGCUGCAGCAGCAGGAUCAAAAGGUUCUACUGGAACAACAUCAACACCUGCAGCAGCAGGAGGAACAAAAGAUACUGCAGGAACAGGAGCAGGAGAAGCACGCACGAUUGGCAGAGGAGCAGCAGAUGCAGCUGGAGGAAAUGCAGCAACAGAACGAACGACAGCAGCAGCCUCAGCAGCAGAAAUUACAUUGCAUGCAACAGGGGCAACAGCUACAGCAGGCACAACAACUGCAGCCAGUGCACCAGCAACAGUGGCAAGAGGAAAAUCAGCUUCAGCAGAACCAGCUGCACGAGGAGCAGCAGAAACCGCAACACGAAUAUCGGCAGCAGCAGCCGCAGGAGGAGGCACAAAGUCAAGUGCAACAGGAGGAAGUGGAGCAGCGCUUGCAAGAAAUUAAAUGCGCGAAGCAACAGGUGCAGCUGCUGCAACAGAACGAGCAGGACAAGUUCCAGACAUUGCAACAGCAGAAAGAGCAGCAGAUGCAGCAAGAAAGACAGCAAACCCUUGAAGAGAAGCAACAGCAGCAGGAGUUGCAGCAAAUGCAACAGGAAGACUUGCUGCGUCAACAGGAAACACAGAGGCCUUCGCAAGAAGAGGAACAGCAGCAAAGGCAGCAGAAACACGAGGAAUGUGGCUCUAUUAACCCUGUUCAAGAUGAGGGGACAGCAGCAUCGCCUAUGCCUGCUGCUAAAGAAGCUGAGGACGAUGAAGUUGGGCCUUGGAGCCCUGUCGAAGCAGCUACUCAAGGAGAAGCAGUAGCGACACCCACGGAAACAAAGCUUUUAUCUGAAGACCAAACAGUCAAAACAGGCCUUACCAUAGGAGCAGCAGAUGCAUCAGACGCGGCAGGCGCAGCAGCAGCAGGGGUUACAGAGGUAGAGGUAGCAGCUAUGGCAGGUGAUGCUGCUGCAUUUUCCCCUGGACACCGAAGGCCUGCUACGGGAGGGACGGGACCCCUAGCCCACGAGGUGCCUCAAGGGCUCAGCUAUUCUCCUGAUUCCGCUGCCGAAGCGUCAACAGCAGGGUGUGCCAUCCCGCUACCUCCCUUUCAAGACUCUGCUGACCUUCUGACACCCCUGGAGAGUAGAGGGUCCAUUGGAGGACCUUUGGGAUGCCCACUGAUUGCAGAGGAUGAGGCGGAAGAGAUUCAGGAGAGGCUCUUACGUCACGUUGCGCAGCAGCAGCGGUCUGCUGCUGGCACCGGUAGUAACAGCAGCAUGGUGUUUUUCCCACAUGGAGCUUUCGACAGCUUUUUGCCGGAAGGGGAUCCAGGCACAAAGACACAGUGCGAUGCGGCAUCCGAAGGAGAGGCAGAGACUGUCUUCUCCGUCUUUCUCACGAGACAAAGACAAAAACAGGCCCACGAAGCGAGGAGUGCGUCAGCUUCUCCCACCGUUCCGCUUUGCAUCUCUGACAUAGAUAUGCUCUCAUAUUCUCUUCCAGCUAGUUCUUCACGGUAUAAUCAACAGCUCUCUGAUCAACAGCAGCAAACGCGGGUCCCUUUUGAAGAGGUCUGCAACCCUUCCCUGCUGCCCACCUUAGAACCAUUAGACUUAAGGUACCCAUCUGUCGGGCCCAUCUCGGAGGCACCCCUCUCCUCUAGGGGUGUCUUGUCGAGUGAAGGGCCCUCCGUACAGUCAACCAGGACAUCCGCAGGAAGCAGCAUGGCUGGGCCUCUUACUGCGAGGGAAACGCCCGUAGUGCGGUCCCCCACGUGGCUAAUAUCACAGCAAGCUGAAAGCCCACAGACAAUUCUGUUACAGCGACGCCGCGGCGGAGUCUCGGAAAGUAUUGAGGAGCGCCCCCAUGCAGCAGUCGCAGCAGCAGCAGGAAAUGCUCGGGCGUCUUUGAGGGCUGCCGAAGCAACUAGCUACCGAAGCAGCAACAGCCAGCGACGCUUUAGCGACACACGCGAUGGGCACAUCUCACCUGAGUCUUUAGGCCUUGUCAGCAGCUCAGUGACUCCAAAGACGUACUCGUUCCACUCCUUCAGAACAAACCCAGACGCCACUGAGAGCAUUUCGAGAGCAGCAGUUCAAACAACAGCAGGACGGCCAGAAGCGACAACUGCACACGAAGAACUGCCUUUUUUGAGCGGGACCCCCCUCUCUGGCUUCAAAGAGGUCACGGGCGACUUCCAGGCUACCCGAAGACAGCCCUUGCCCCAGAUCCCGGAAGUGCAGUCUAGUCGAACUGUCUCGAGCUACCAUGAGACUGCCAAUAUAGAAAAUGCUGGUCGCUCUCAAUACCCAUUGACUCCUAUGGAUCCCAACAGCUACCAUCCUCUUUACCAGAGGUCCCAAUUCCAAGAAUCCAUAGAAGGGUGUUAUACCGGAAAGCAUCCCAGGAGAGGACUUAUGCACAGAGGCAGAAACAGCAGCAGCAGCCAAACAAUUGUGGGCCGUACUUCGAUUGAUGAGAGGCUUGCGAUGGGGCGACGCAUACGGACCAGCAGUUUGCAAGUUGAAAACAAUAUGCGGGGGUGUACACCCCGCAUCCUACCUAUAGAGCCGACGUCUGUCAUACCUGAGAAAGCUACGGUAGCCGCGUCUGCAGUUGACAUGAGUAGGAAACCAAGUCCUUCUCGCCAGCAUCAGCGGCCUCUCAGACGUGACCAAGAAACGCAGGCCCUAAUGGGUGGGCGGAGUUCCCCCCCAUCAGAAGAAGAGAAACUAAAGGGUCGGGAGCUUCAAGAGCGAUUUGAGCGCCUAACAGAAAUGGAAAAACAGCAACAACAGCAGCAAGAGAUGCUGCAAAAACAGCAAGACGAGCUUUCACCCAUGAAGGGCGAACCCCCCAAGGCGUUGAAUGGUGAUCGAGCCCUGGCAGGCAGCAGAAACAAUAGUCCUCAGCGGUGCAAGAAACAGCAGCAGCCUUUGCUUCAGCAGCAGUCUUCAAUGAGACUGAACACUUCUGGACAGCUUGGUCGCAUGCCUUCUGCAUUACUAGGGGCACAGUACUCGAGCAUUUCUCCUUCACAGCUCUCUGCAGCUCCACUGGAAGAGCCCCUAGGAAGCACUCCUUCUAUGCGUAGCAGCCGCUCUCUGCGGAGCCUUUAUCAGCAGCGGCAGCCACCGUCACAGUUGCAUGAGUUGCAGCAUCAGCUGGAUGUGCAACAGCAGCAUAACAUUAGAGAACGAGAGAGGCGGGCAGAGGCAGAGCUGGAAUCUCUGAUGGAACGCGAACGACAGGGUUCAAGGCGUCGUCAGGAGCGGCAGCAGCAGCUGGCGUUCUUGCAGCAGCAACAGCAAAUAUUCCUUUCCCAGUACCGACGGGACAGACAGAGGAGGCGCUUGAAUUGCAGCAUUGAUAGGGGUCUUGACAGCUCGGAAGGCGUGCCUAUCCAGCAGUUGCUAGAGGGUGCAACACUACCUGAAAACAAGUCAACAGAAGCAGCACAAAACGAACAGCAAGGCGGCCGAGCGCAGGCCCGCAUGCAGAGACCUGAGGAAACCUCAACAGACUCUGCGCGUGAAGGCACCAAGAACCUUCCGAAACAGAGCACAGUCAGUUCAGGGAUAUUUGGAGUUCGCACUGAGGACGACUUACGGGAUCCAGGUCUGGUGGAAGCUGAAGCAAGAGAGACAGAGUGUGCAGAGGCGGCUGCUGUGGUAGCAGGCACAGCACCCGCUAGUGCUGCUCAGUCAACGGCAACUCAACAGGAAGUAGGCGCGGAUUACCACCGCCAAGUUUUCGGCAUGCCGGAUGGAAUUCCUUUUGGGGCGUCCUCUGGAUUUUGUGGGGACAAAGCAAGAAACGACGUCUCAAUUCGCUACGAGGCAACGUCAGUGCAAACGAGGGAGGAUGCUUAUACGAUUCAGAAGGAUCUUGCCAUCCAGCAGCCGCAGCUUCUUCGGAUGGCUGCAGCAAGCACAGCAGCAACAGCGGAAACAUUAGAGGAGGCACCCAAAGAGAAAACAGCUGAUGUUGCGGUGGAAACCGACUUUUCAGUCGAGACCCCAGUAUCUGACAUCUUUGGUCUCGAGAGGGAAAGGAUUGAUGAUGGCGAAAACGAAGAGGCAGCGCAGCAUCAAUUGCAGCAACCGCAGCAGCGGAGCAACAAGAAAACCUUACCAGCUACUGUUGAAAGAUCGCAAGAAGGCUCGGAGAUCUUCGCUCUCCCGCUUGAGGCCCAGCGGCAGCAGCAGGAAUGGGACGAAGACACAUUAGCAGCUGCAGAAGGCCGACAGCAGAUAGCAGCGGCGGCAGCAGCAGCCUCUGCUGCCGCGGCUGCAGCUCGCGCAGCUGUGGCAACGGCUACAGCAGCUGAGGCCCAAAUAGAGAACACAAAGCAGGGCGACGAAGUUCUUGAAAUCGACGUGUUGUCUCCUGAGGUGGAUGAACCGAUAGAACUACUCGAACCUACAAAUGAGGCAUCGGAUGCUCCACCUUACCGCGCCGGCAGCCCUUCGGCUCCUCAAAAUCGCAGCAACAGAGCAGCAAGCUGCAGCAGCGGCAGAGUGCGUGCUGCUAUCAGCGAAGAAUUGAGGGAGACAAGUAAGACGAAAAGCAAUUUCAACCACGUGACUGGCGGAGCAGAAGCUGACGAGGAGAAAAAGCAUGAAAAAGCGCAUCGCCGCCGUCGUAGGAGCUCAGGUGAGACCGGUUGUAGGGGCCCACACUCAGCAGCUGGUGUGGACUCAACAUAUCAACAUCCAGGGCAGCAGGAAGCGUAUACAGACCUCGGCGAAUUCACGCAGAAAGGUCUUGGGGGCCUGAGCAGCCAUCUCAAGAGGGAUCGACACGAGGGACGGCACUUUUCUGCUGCCGCGCCGACGCUUCCAUCAGCCCACGGCUUAUCCUUUCCGUGGUGUGCAGAAGGCUCUCUAGAGGGGGAAGGGCACCGGUAUGCCCCUCAAUUCGUUGAAAGAUAUUACAUGAAGGAGCGUAGAGGUAGUGAUGCGGGGAUCGACGGCUCGUCGGGCGCCGCUCACUGGUCCUCUGCUGGGUCAGGAACCUGGGGGCACUCCAAAGGGUGUCAAACCCGCGGCUCUAGGAGCCUCAGCAGAAGAGGAGCAAGGCUUGAUUUUUCAGGGGCCCCCGCCGCGGCCAAGGCUUUUGCUGCCAAGGUGAAGGACAGACUGAAACCUUUCUUAUCCAGACAAGAGACCAAGGGAUCUCCAGGGGAUCCCGUAGACGAUUUGGGCGAGAGGCCGAGGCAUCUUUAUUCUGGUGUGACGCAUCGGAGGAGCUACGGUGCCACCCCGUCAGAACCUGCCGCUAGCACCUCCGCGGCAGGUGUUGCUGCAGCUUCGGCAGCAAUGCCGCCGACAUCAGAUUUUAACCUUUCUGAGCUGCCGAUGCUAAUGCGAGCGCAGCAGCAAAGAGAAGCCAAUCGGAAAAGAGCCCAACAGAAAAGCGCAGAAAGACACCGCACGCCAGACGGAGGAAUCUCUCAAGACAGAACAAGCAGCAAACCAUCACAAGUUGCAGCAAGAACGCCGCAUAAUCUGCAAUACUGA